UUCCUCCACAUUUGGCGCAACAUGAAGGACCGCCAGAAGGACCGCCUGCUGUGGGGCGACGAGGUCGAGUACAUGAUGGUCUCGCUGGAUCACACAAACCGUCGUGCGCGGCUCUCACAGCGCGCCCACGAGGUUCUGGCGCUCCUGCAGGUUGAUGAGACUGAGCAGCUUGAGCGGGCCAAGCGCACAGGCGAAAAGCCCGACCUCGAGGCGCUGUGGCGGCCAGAGUUUGGUCGCUACAUGAUCGAAGGAACUCCGGGUCAGCCGUACCGCUCGACAGUCAACGACCUGGUCAACGUCGAGGCAAGCAUGAAGAGAAGGACCAUGAAGGUGCUGCUAACCAUUACCAGCUAUCCGGUGCUUGGUAGCGGCGAUUUCCUGGAGCCACCCCACAAGGCAAACGGCACCUUCUCGCGCAGCUUGUUCCUGCCGGAUGAGGUUAUCAACCCGCACCCGCGCUUCCGCACUCUAGCCGCAAACAUCCGCGAGCGCCGUGGCGCCAAGGUCGCCAUCAACAUGCCGAUUUUCCACGACGUCAACACGCCGAAGCCAUUCAUCGAUCCGACCAUCCCGUACGAGCGCGACGUGUUCCCGGGCGAUAAGGAGGCCAAGGAGGGCGCUGCUCUGCCUGACCACAUCUACAUGGACGCCAUGGGCUUCGGCAUGGGCUGCUGUUGUCUGCAGAUCACCAUGCAGGCACCUAAUGUCAACCAGGCCCGUCGCUUGUAUGACCAGCUGGCGGUUGUUGGUGCGGUGAUGAUGACGCUGUCAGCAUCAUCUCCGAUUUUCCGUGGCUACCUGGCCGACGUGGACUGCCGAUGGAAUACUAUUGCGGCAGCGCGCGGCGAGAUACCGCUGGCCAAGGACCGGUUCGUCAUCCCCAAGUCACGCUAUGGCACCAUCGACACAUUCCUUGGCUCCGAUGAUGGGCACUUCAAGUCCGAGUACAACGACCUGGAGCUGGUCUAUGACCGCGAGAUCUACGCGUAUCUGCUCACCCAAGGCAUUGAUGAUCUGCUGGCCCGGCACAUUGCCCAUCUGUUCAUCCGCGACCCGUUGGUGAUCUUUGAGGAGCUGCUGCACCAGGACGAUUCGGUCUCAGCCGACCACUUUGAGAACAUUCAGUCGACGAACUGGCAGAACGUGCGGUUCAAGCCGCCGCCACCUAAUUCGCCGAUUGGCUGGCGUGUCGAGUUCCGCCCGCUCGAGAUUCAGCUCACUGACUACGAGAACGCUGCGUUCUCUGUGUUUAUGAUCCUCCUUGCUCGUGCCUUGCUUGCAUACGACAUCAACCUCUACAUUCCUGUGACCCGCAUGGACAUUAACAUGCAGCGUGCGCACAACCGGGACGCUGUGCUGAACGAAAAGUUCUUCUUCCGUCGCAAUGUGCUUGCCACGGGGGAGCCAGAGAGUGCACAGGAUGCCGACGAGAUUGCUGAGAUGUCCGCUAACGAGAUCCUCAACGGGUCAGACUCGUUUGUUGGACUCGUUCCGAUUGUGCUCAUGUACCUCGAUACUGUCACGCUUGAUGCCCAGGUCAAGAGCAAAAUCCAGGAGUAUGUUGCGUUUAUCCAGGGCCGCGCCAAUGGCUCGAUCAUGACCGGUGCAACCUGGAUCCGCAAUUUCGUCCGGACCCAUCCCGAGUACAAGUUUGACUCGGUUGUGUCGCCAGAGGUCAACUACGAUCUGAUGGUUGCCCUCAACGAGAUCCUCCUCGGGGCGGCAGGUGCUGCUUCGGUUGCCUCCGAUGUUUCUCACUGAACCUCUGCCUAAUGGUACAUUACAUUACCGUCUUACAUAUUUUCGAAUAUACACCCAAAUCACUUGUUA